AUGCAGAACCCAGAACGGGCAGCUGACCCCCCCACCUCGGCGACUCUGGGCCCUGCAGCAGGCCCCGCGAACGUAGCCCAGACUGUACCCGCCUCCCCGCAGCGGGUGCUGGUCCAAGCAGUUGGUUCUACCCCCAAAGGGGCCCAGAUGCAACCCAUGUCUCUCCCCAGAGUCCAGCCGGUGCCUCAGCAGGUCCAGCCCGUGCAGCAUGUGUAUCCACCGCAGGUGCAGUACGUGGAAGGGGGAGACGCUGUCUACACCAAUGGAGCCUUACGGACCGCCUAUACCUACACCCCUGACCCCCAGCUCUACGCCCCCAGCAGCGCCGCUUCCUACUUCGAGGCCCCCGGCGGAGCGCAGGUGACCAUGGCGGGCUCCUCGCCACCCACGGUGCCCUCGCACAGCAUGGUGGGCAUCGCCAUGGACGUCGGGGGCAGCCCCAUUGUCUCGGGCGCCGGAGCCUACCUCAUCCACGGAGGCAUGGAUAGCACCAAGCACUCCCUGGCACACUCCUCUCGGUCCUCGCCAGCCACGCUUGAAAUGGCGAUUGAAAACCUCCAAAAAAGCGAAGGGAUCACAUCACACAAAAGCGGUUUACUCAACAGCCAUCUCCAGUGGCUCUUGGACAAUUAUGAAACCGCAGAAGGGGUCAGCCUGCCCCGGAGUUCUCUGUACAACCAUUACCUUCGUCAUUGCCAAGAGCACAAGCUGGACCCGGUCAACGCCGCCUCCUUCGGGAAGCUCAUCCGUUCUGUGUUCAUGGGCCUGCGGACCCGGCGCCUGGGAACCAGGGGCAACUCCAAGUAUCACUACUAUGGGAUCCGGCUGAAGCCAGACUCACCGCUGAACCGGCUGCAGGAGGACACGCAGUACAUGGCCAUGCGCCAGCAGCCGCUGCACCAGAAGCCCAGGUACCGGCCGGCCCAGAAGACAGACUCGGACACAGCCUCUCACAGCAGCCCACACAGCACACCCGAGCAGGCCAUGGCCGCCCAAAGCCAGCACCACCAGCAAUACAUUGACGUCUCCCAUGUCCUAACGGAGUUCCCAGCACCCAACUUGGAGGAUGCCGUGCUUCAGGACCAUGUCACGCUGCAGGAUGUCAAGACUCUGCAGCUGGUGUACCGGCGCCUCUGCGAGGCCACCCUGGACGUCGUGAUGAACCUUCAGUUCCACUACAUCGAGAAGCUCUGGCUGGCUUUCUGGAACUCUAAAACCUUGGCGGGUGACCGUCCCACCUCUCUUCCUGGCAGCGAAGAUGAAGCGGAAGGCCCCGUUCUCCCAAAGGACAAGCUGGUGUCACUGUGUAAAUGCAAGCCCAUUCUCAAGUGGAUGAGGAACUGCGACCACAUCCUGUACCAGGCCCUGGUGGAGAUCCUCAUCCCCGAUGUCCUGCGGCCGGUGCCCAGUACCCUGACACAGGCCAUUCGGAACUUUGCCAAGAGCCUGGAAGGCUGGUUGACCAAUGCCAUGAGUGACUUCCCACAGCGAGUCAUCCAGACCAAGGUGAGCGUGGUCAGCGCCUUUGCACAGACGCUGCGGCGUUACACGUCACUCAACCACCUGGCGCAGGCGGCCCGGGCUGUGCUCCAGAACACGUCACAGAUCAGCCAGAUGCUCAGCGACCUCAACCGCGUGGAUUUCGCCAACGUGCAGGAGCAGGCGUCUUGGGUGUGCCAGUGUGAGGAGAGCGUGGUGCAACGGCUGGAGCAGGACUUCAAGCUGACCCUGCAGCAGCAUAGUUCCCUGGACCAGUGGGCCGGCUGGCUGGACAACGUGGUGACGCAGGUGCUGAAGCAGCACGCGGGCAGCCCCACCUUCCCCAAGGCCGCCCGGCAGUUCCUGCUCAAGUGGUCCUUCUACAGCUCCAUGGUGAUCCGGGAUCUGACCCUGCGUAGCGCUGCAAGCUUCGGCUCCUUCCACCUCAUCCGGCUGCUCUAUGAUGAGUACAUGUUCUACCUGGUGGAGCACCGCGUGGCCCAGGCCACCGGGGAGACACCCAUCGCGGUGAUGGGCGAGUUCAACGAUGUGGCCUCACUGUCGCUGACGCUGCUUGACAAAGAUGACAUGGGCGAGGACCACUGCAGCGAGGCGGACUCGGAGGCCCGCAGCCUGGGGGAGCCCCUGGUGAAGCGGGAGCGCAGCGAGCCCAGUCACUCGCUGCAGGACAUUUAGUGGCGCCACGGCCACAGCCGCCGCUGUGCCUUCGGGCUCUGUGCCCCCCCCUUCGUGCCUGACCUGCCGGGUAGGCGUGCCCAGGGGCAGCGCCCUUCAUCCUUCACCCGCCGAUCAACUCCAGACCCCGUGCCCCAUCUCCCAACCCCUACACAUCUGCUCCACACCACCGGCCCUCCGCGCCAGCCGCUGUCAUCCCUGAGGCAUCCACCGAGGCCAUGUCCUACUCCCUCCCCGCACCCCAAAAAUACCAAGUGGAGCUCUGCCCUGGGACCUUCCUGGGCAGA